GGCAUCUUUGUCUUUGUAGAUUGUGGAGGAGGACGGACAGCUCGUGGAGAUGGGACCCCGCUUCGUCCUGCAACUCAUCCGUCUCUUCCAGGGCAGCUUCGGGGGCCCCACGCUGUACGAGAACAGCCACUACCUCUCCCCCAACACGCACCGUCGCCAGCUGCGCCAGCAGCAGACGGCGGCGCUGCGGGAGAAGCUGCAGCAGAAGCAGCAGGAGCAGCAGGAGGGCGGACCCCGCGACGACCUCCGCGCCUUCCCCGAAGACCCCACCGAGGGCGUCUUCGUAGGCCCGCCUGCGCCCGCGCGACCCGCGGCAACGGCGGCUGCCGACGGCGACGACGACGGUCGUCCCCGCAGGCCGCCGGCGCACGACACAUCCCCCCGGGGCACAAGAAGAAGGGAGCGAAGCCGCUCAAGAGGAGCCGCUGGGCGAUGGAGAAACGCAGCAGGAUGGGGGCGGCCGGGCGGGCGACAGAACAAAGUUUAG